AUGAUUGUCUCAGUUCUGGGAUUCAGUUUAGUUUGUUUGGCGUUGUUUGUGGUGAUGAUCGGUAUUGCAUCGUUGGGCCUCGCGCUUUUCGUCAUCCUUAAGGAUCGAUUGUUUCCAGUUGAUGCGAGUGCACAUAUCGGACAGCAGUCUUCUCGAGCUCAGCUCAACCACGGUGUUGCUCACCCACCAGCACACAAUCCUAACUUUUAUAACGGAAGUUCGUUUUUGGUUCUGUCAAUUCCAGCGAAUGGUCAUGCUGCGGAUGAUAUCGAUGGAUUCCACAAAUUCAAUCGGGUAUAUCCAUUGAGUGGUCAAGAUUUAAACGGAUCGGAUGUG